AUGCCGGGGCCUCUCGGCUGGGGAGGCGGCGGAGGUUUUUCUUCGGGCCCAGACGAGAGAGCGAGAGGCAUGUCGGACCUGGGCAAAUCGUUUCAGUCAGAUGACCCGCCGACUCCUCCCGACACUCCGUCGAGAAACUUCAUUCGCGGAGGCGUCUUCGAUCCAAAUUCGGGGAACACCAGCGUCAUUCGGGAGCCUAGAAAGCCGGGAGCGGGGCUGUGGCUGCCUCCGGCCAGCACCGCGAAUGCAGACUCCGUCGCCGCAGCCGCCGCAGCCGCGGCCGCAGCAGCGGCGCCAGGCGCCUCACCCUCGACCGCGAAGAAACCGACGAAAGGAAACCAAAAGAAAGAGAUAGACUCGUUCUUGGAAGAGAUCAAGAAGAAGCAAGAGCUAAUUGACAAGAAGAAACAGCUGUACAAACAGCUGGCGGAAACAAAGACAGAAGAUGAACGGAUGGUGUUAAGGGCGCAGUUAACUGCGAUCGAGAACGCGACUCGCCUCCCAGGCGCCCCGCCUGUUGAUUUGGAGAAAGAAUCUUCGACGAAUCUGUAUCUGGGCAAUCUCUCCCCCGAAAUCACCGAGGAGUUUCUAUGCCAGCAGUUCGGCAAGUAUGGCAACAUUACGUCGGUCAAGAUCAUGUACCCGAGGACGGAAGAGGAGAAGAAGAGAAACCGGAAUUGCGGAUUUGUGUCCUUCGAAAGCAGACCUCAAGCAGAGGCUGCAAAACACAAUCUGGACGGCGUCGCGUUCUACGGCAUGGUCAUUCGAAUCGGCUGGGGCAAGUCCGUAGGCCGGCCUGUUGUAGCCCCUUCGCCGUCGCAACUUCUCGCAGCGGGGGGCGAGGCCAUGAAGGCGUCGACGCCGAUGCCAGGAGCUCCGAUGGGUGGGUUUUUCACCCCUGGGAGCGGCUCUGGAAAGUCCGGUUUCGUUUCUCCGUCUUCAAGGAGUCAGCAUUCGCCUCCGCGAUUCAGAGAUCGAAGAGACGAUGUGGGCAUCGUCGAAGUCGUUGUUCCGAAAGAUAAGCGCAAACGCGUCCUCAUCGAUCUUCUGGCGAAAUACGUUGCCGAGGAAGGACAUCCCUUUGAGCAACAAAUCAUGGAGAAAGCGCCCCGGGGCGCCGAAGAUGGAAAAUUCGACUUUCUGUACGACCAUGACUCCCCCGACAAUAUUUACUACAGGCAUCGCCCUAAACUGGAGAGGAAGGACGACGCAGUCUACAGCGCGGCGAAAGGAGGCGAGCGUUUGGGCUCAGGGGACCGCGACACUCUCGAGGAUUUCCUGCGAGACAUCACUCGACAGAGAGAAUCGAUAAAAAGCGCGAUGAUUUUCUGCAUGAGUCACGCGAACUGCUCAGCAGAGAUCGCGCUCUGUCUCUACGAGGCUCUCACUUUGUCGGAAACGGAUCUGAACACGAAAAUCGCGCGCCUCUACCUUCUCUCCGACAUCCUCUUCAACUCUUCCGCUCCGACGCCGUGCGCCUGGUCGUACCGCGCGAGUCUCGAAAAAUACCUCCCCAAAAUCUUCCUCCACUGGACACAGCGUUUUUGCGGCGAGUCGCCGAGUAAAGAAGCUGAGCAGGAAGAGACAACUCCCGAGGAAGCGAGGAGACAAAAGUAUCAAGUUCGACGCCUCCUGAAGCGUCUCCUUCGCAUCUGGACAGGCUGGGCGGUUUACUCCCCCUCGUUUCUCCAAGGCUUGGAGGCUUCACUCUUUUCCUCGGAUUUCCCUGCGCAGCUCAAGUCUCCAGAGGAGGCGGAACCGCCUGAAGACGCCGCGAGCCUCGUCGACGACGGCCUGGACGGCGAACCGAUGCUUGCGACCGAGGCGCGCCUCUUGGCGAAGUAUCCCCUCCAGCUUAGGGAACAAAUUCUCCAAUGGCAUCGCCUAGACAAGUCGGAACUGGAAAAAGUUUGCCUGCAGCGGGGCGUCGCCGCCCGCAGCGGCGGCAGCUCCACCGGCGGCGCGAUCGACCGCCUUGCAUGCAGCGAAUAUUAUUUGCAGCUAAAGACCGAGGCUGAAGACGCGCCGUUGCAGCUUUCCUCGAUGGGGAAGGCUGCUGCGCUCCGAGCAGCCUCGGGAGACGCAGGCGCGUUGGCGGCGUUUUGGGCGUCUUCCUUGGCCUCUUUGGGCGCGGGCGAGACUCCAGAGAGCGAGAACGAAGAGGGAGGAGAGCGGAAGACAGAGCCGUCGAGUGCGCCUGCUGCGGAAGACGAGGCGGAUAAGCCGACCGAGGAAGACGCGCUCGAUCGCGCCGGCUGCCUGGCCAAGGCGGAAGUGAAGAGCGAAUCGUCCGACGACAUCUUCGACUUGCCGGAAGAAGACGAGAAGAUCUUCGAGGACGGAGAGAAGGAGACAGAGGAAAAGGAGAAGGAAGAAAAACGCGCAGCGAUGGACCGCAUGAAGAUGCGCGAAGUAGAGCUGCAAGUCACUCAGCUGCAAAUCGAACUCGAAAAGAAAGGCCUCGAAAAAGACGUAAUUGAAGUGAAAUGUGACCAAUUGCGUCAGGAACUCAUCAGCGAAAUCCAGAAACAAGCAGAGAAAGACGCUGCGCAGGCGGCCCGAACCAGUCCCUCUGAGGAAGGCGAGGCGAAAGAAAAAACUUCAAACCACAAAAACUCCAGCAGAAAGAGGCAAGUUUCGUUUUUUCUUUUUCCUCAUACUUUCCCCAGUCGUGACUGCCCUUGA